AUGUCAACUACGUCUAGACUAAGUACUGCUAUGCCAUCAAACAAUGUAUCACAAACGCCUGCAUUACCACUAGACACGACGAGGGUCAUGGAAGCCAAAUCGCCGACUACAGUGAGAAUAAAUUCCCCACGUGACCGUGAUCCUCGAGAAGUCGAAGGAGGAACCCCGUCGGAAUUGGGUGGGGAUAGCCUCACCACCGACCAGGGAUCAUAUCGACCAGGUUAUCAGUUCCCUGGGUUCGACGGUCCUGGAUACGUCGCUGGAGACGAAGAUCUAGGCCACCAGUGGCUGGUUUUAGAUUUCGGUGCCCAGGUAGCUAUUAUGCGAAUUGUUCUUGGCGGUGUGCGCGGACCCGACUUUGAAGCCUUCGUCAAGAAAUUUCGUCUGGAGUAUUCUGACGACGGCGAAGCCUGGUUUAUUUAUGGUGACCCUUCUAACGGCCAGCUUAUUGAAUUGGAAGGGUUGUCUUAUGUAGACGAAGUCAAAGAGAUUGAAUUGCAGUUCAUACUCAUAGCACGGUUUCUCAAAAUAGUUCCCAUUGAAGUGGAAAAUUUAUUUGCUCUGAAAAUACGUAUCUAUGGCUAUCUGUACCAAGAUUAUGCUGAAUAUAUGCACCAAAUGGAAACUCUGUACUAUCUCAUAGUUGAAGAUCCUGUCAGUUGGCACGAUGCCAAAUACUACUGUGAAUAUUGGGGUGGAUUUCUUGCGACGAUUCCCCAUGCCAUCGUUCAGCACCAUCUAAGACGAGAGAUUCAGCUUUACAAUUUAGUCGGUAACUGGUGGUUUAGCCCAACGGAUGCUGACAAUGAAGGAGUCUGGAUAAAUAGUCACGAUGGUAAAGACUUGAUUUUCAGUGAUUGGUUAAAUGGUCAACUUCCGGAAAACGAUGUCAAUAAGAAUUGUGCACAACUUCUUGAGAGUGAAGGUUAUGAGUGGAACCACGACCUAUGUGAUAAUAGUCAUAAUUAUAUUUGCCAAUUUAUUAAUGAACCAGACUACAGCAACCUGCAAUACCCGGACCGAGAUGAACAGGCAAAUGCCAAGGCAGACACACAGCAAAUCAAAGCUAUCGAUUUAUUUUAUAUAGCCGAACCAGCAAACAGAUUUACAUGGGAAGAUGCUAAUAAUUACUGUAUAGGAACUGGCGGAAGUUUACUAAGAAUAGAGCAACCUGAAGUUCAGGACACGUACGCACAUCUCAUGUCACAGUAUGGGAUUGAAGGGAGGUUUUGGUUAGAUCCAACAAACACUGUGUCUCAUCCUAAUACCCACGGCUGGGUGUACACGAACGGACAACCAAUCAUUUACAAUGUCGGGUUGAAAGACGAUUCAGCUUCAGUCGCCAAAUGUGCAGCAAUGAACUCCGUAGCUGGGUUUUCCUGGACUGCAGAAAAGUGCGCCGACCGAACCGAAGGAUUUUUCUGUCAAUACUAUGGCGAGCGUACUCCCUUCAGCAUGGAUGCAGAUUCCAGUCUUGACGUGGAGGAGAUUUACUAUGAGAUCGUGAGAGUGGUGAACGGGUUUGAUUGGUACCGUGCUCAGUCCUACUGUCAGGAAGAAGGUGGCCAUCUUGUAAGAAUUGAAGAACAAGAAAUUCAAGAAUUUCUGGCUUCCAAACUCAACGAACACGGAUUCACUGGUGAUUAUUACAUCGACGCGAUUAUGAAUGAUUUGGGUCAAGUCAUAUAUACCAAUAAUGAAUAUGUCAUUUAUAAUGACUUUCAUUCUUCAUAUCCACAGGGUGGUUGCGUUUAUCUUGCCGGCGGUGCUAUGUGGAGAUGGGAAGAUGGUGAUUGCAAGAUGGGAAGAAACUUCAUCUGUCAGUUCUAUGGCAAUAUUCAUCAUAAUGAACCCGAGUCUGGAGUGGACGAAACCACAGAAACGGAGACAGUGUAUAUUCAAUUAUUGUACAACUAUGGGUUCUCGUGGUAUGAAUCAGAAACCGCGUGCAGGCAGAACGGCGGCCAUCUUGUUCGAAUUCGUGACCAUCAUUUCCAAGAGCAAUUGAUAGAGUUUAUUUAUUCGCAAGGAAAUAUGCAAGGUAACUACUGGAUCGAUGUUAACGACAUUGACAACGAAGGUACAUAUCUACAGACAGAUGGCAAUAAGUCUCCUGUUCAAUUCUGGGCUCAGAUUAGUGGUGAAGAACAGCCAGACGAUGUUUUUCAUUCUCAGAAUUGCGUCUUUCUGAGGGAAAAUGACGGUUAUAUGUGGCAUGAUGGUCCUUGUUCCCAGGGAAUGAACUUCAUUUGCCAAUACAGCAGUGAACCUGCUCAGUUUCCCGAUCAGAUGUCUCCUUUGCACCACGUUCGUGAAGACAUCAUGUACACAUUCAUAUUGGACUCUCUAAACCAUAACGAUGCUCGAAUGCAGUGCGCUGAUAAAUACAAUGGACAACUCGCCAUGAUUCUCAGUGGAUACGUGGAACAACAACUUGUCCAAUUCAUAGAACAGCAGAACAUGUGGGGGGAGUAUAUAUUCGACGCUACCAGAGUAAAUGGACGUUGGCAAUAUUCGGAUGGAUCUGCCCUUCCUUAUAUGAAUUGGCAAAACGAUGACCUACCAGACGGGGACACACCCAUGUGUGCUAAAUUACAUUAUGAAACAGUCAAUGACUAUUACUGGUUACCAGAAGACUGUACUGCCAUGGCUAACUAUGUGUGUGAAUAUGACCAAGGUGCUGCUGAUGGAGGAGAUAACAGCGCACAUGAGGAAAUUGAGGUUCUAUACGCUAAUCUUGAUUUCAAAAUAAGUCACGAAGAAGCCACUUAUAUAUGUGCCAGCUACAGUGCAGAACUAGGUUCCAUCAACAGUGAGAAAAUUCUAAAGAUAAUAUCAGAUGCAUUUCAUGAUUUCACCGGUAACUUAUGGAUCGGUGCACACCGUGAUUACGAUGGAACGUGGAAAUGGGUUGAUGGAACUUUGGUCACGUGGUUAACUUUUAUGAACCCGGCCGACCCAGGUGACUGUGCUGUUCUCAGCGCCACCGACGGUUUCCAGGGGAAAAUUGUAGAUUGUGUGAGGUACACAACCAGUGGCAUUAUCUGCACAGCGCAGCCGACACUAAAGUAA